AUGGGAUACUGUGGGAGGCCAUCCACAGCAUGCCACACAUGCCGCGUGAAGCGUGGCAAGUGUGACAGGAAACGGCCGGGCUGCAGCCAAUGCGCACGAAAACGUAUUCCUUGUCCCGGUUAUCCGGACCCUACCGCGCUCGUCUUCCGGGACCAAACGCAGGCCACGGCCCGAAGGGUGCGGGCAACAAAACCGGGAUAUGGGGCCGAUCCCUUCGCCCCGGCCAUCAGCCCUACGGGCGGGCUUGACUUGACAGUGUCGCCCGAUGAUGCGGCGAGAACGUACUUCCUAACCUGCUACGGCCCCGCAAGCCCGGUCGACCAUCUUCCAGAACUGGAAGAGCUCCUUCGUAGUACGGAGGUCUCCGCCUCGGCGUUCCUAGCGCCGGCCUUGGUAACCCUAUCCCGGGAGCUCAAGGACCCGGCGCUGAUGGCCCUAGGAAGGAAACAUUAUACAGCCGCUUUACAACACACAAACCGGGCGCUAGCAAAUACACAGGUAGCCACCAAGGACGAGACCCUCGCCUCGGUGAUGAUGCUCGCUCUGUACGAAGCCCUCACCUUCCAAGGCCGCCGUUCUCCGGAAAGCUGGAAUGCCCACAUGAACGGUGCGACCGAGCUGCUCAAACUGCGUGGCCCACGCCAGUUCGACACGGCGCUCGGCAGGACUCUGUUCCUCGACGUCGUAGGCGACAUCCUGGCGUCCUGUUCACAGCGCCGGAUACCUACCCCUCCCGGUAUCGUCAAUCUACUGUCACAGCUCGGCCCCAUUGUCGGCCCGGACAGCAUGCACUUUGCCAUCGCGCACGCGGCCGCCGAGAUGGCCGACAUCGUGAGCUUUGUCGCAAGCCAGUGGGACCACAUAGCGGUGUCCGCGUCGCAAAUCAUCGUUCGCGCACGCCGUGUCGAUGAAGUUUUGAGCGGCCUCCAGGACCAACUCCCCGCUCAUCUCCCCUACACCGUCCUCGACCCGGCCAGCGCACCCGCUUCGUCGUUCCAGGGGGUUGCCCAUUGCUACGAGGACCCCAAGUCCUGCUGGAUCUGGAACAACUGCCGCAUGAUGCGCGUCUUUCUCAACGGGUUCGUCUCUCGCGCCGCACUCGCCUGGAUGGCCGCUCUGCAAAACGCACCACCAGAUGCAGAGGUGUCGUCAGAACUACACUCCGAGUCCCUGAAAGCCGCGGUGGUCAAUGUGAAACGCCAGGGGACAGACAUCUUAGCAUCGGUAUCAUACUGCCGCAGCCUACCGGCCGGGAGCCAUGAGCGCGCGAUGGCCGCCCGGGGCCUCACUUGGCCGCUGUCGGCGGUCGCCACGUCUGUUGUUGCACCUGGAGCGAUGAAGACAUACGCACGGGAUGCGAUGUUUUCCUUGGGCGAGGAGAUUGGGAUACCGCAGUUGAUUGAUGCUGCGAAAAUGGUGGAUGAUACGCCUAUGCCGGAAGACUGGUACGUGGUUACGUUUAACUUGGUGGGGUUAUCAAUCAACCUCUGCUAA